UUAUCAGAAUUGACCUGGAAAACUUUUCUAGGAAGGAUUGCCACAACCCAUAAAGGCUUUAAUAUUACUGACUGCAAUGUGGUCCAGGUAUAUAUAUGCAUCUGUCGAGGUGCUAGUGUUCAUCAACUACAUUGUUGCAAAAAAUUUACUGAAGCAUCAGGAAAACCUUAAACGCUCCUCCAUUGAAGAUGUCGACCAAAAAUCUACUCAAGAAUGUUAUUGUUUCACUUGUUAUGUCCCUAAUGUUAACUGCUGCUGCUGUGUCAGGUCGAGUUCUAGAAGAGGAACCCGUUUCCCCAGGUGUUGAACCUGAAACCCCUGCCUCGGUUGCCACCCCGGUUUCUGGGGUUACAGCCAGCGGAGCGUCUCCCGCUGGUGCUGGUGCAGCUGCAGCUGCAGCCGCUGGUGGUGAAGGUCCUGAUGAUCAUACAUUUUCCUUCUUUAUGCACGAUAUUCUUGGUGGAUCGAACCCCUCUGCUAUAGCUGUUACCGGGAUUGUGACCAAUCCUGCUGUGAGUGGGCAGGUCGCCUUUGCAAAACCCAACGGUGCUGUCCUCGCAGUGAACAACGGUGUUGAUGUCAAUAACGCCAACAGCGGAAUCAUCAGCAACAACAACAUCCCGUUCCUUACUGGCCUCAGCGGAAUCACAGGCAACGCCAUUCAGAACAAUGGGAACAACAACAACAACAUAAUAGGAGGAGGUUUUGGAUUCCCGGCCUUGAACAUGGCUCAACUGGGCUCCGGAAUCACCUUCCAGAAACUCAUGUUCGGCACCAUGACAGUUUUCGACGAUGAACUGACCGAGGGGCACGAGCUAAACUCCGGCCUGGUGGGAAAAGCUCAGGGCUUUUACAUCGCAAGCUCGGAAGACGGAACCAGCCAGACCAUGGCAUUCACUGUCAUGUUUCACAGUGGUAGCUACUCCGAUAGCCUUACCUUUUUCGGGGUUCACCGGAUUCGUGUCUCGGAAUCUCACCUUGCUAUCAUGGGAGGUACCGGAAAGUACGUGAAUGCCAAGGGAUUCGCGACGGUGAAGACGAUUCCGGCUGCACCCAACCAGCAGGAGACUGAUGGAGUGCAAACUGUGCUGCACAUCACUGUUUAUCUUGCUUAUUAAAUGUCCAGUGUGUGUUGUGUGUGUCUUCUUCAUCUUUGGCUAUGGCUUCUGUAAUCUUCUUCCAUGCUUUCUGUCAUACUAUUUGUUACACUACUUAACAAGUUUAUAAUGAAAUCACCAAAUUAUUCUGUUUUGUUUU